AUGAGCGCGGUAGCCAUAGCAACGUUUGAUUCACUCAAUGCGCGUCUCACCGGCAUUUCCGCUCAAACCAGGAUAAAUGACCUUAAUGUGAAGCAAUACUCGUUUAAAUGUUCUCAAUUUGCUCAGUUAUUCAUAUAAAUGGCUUCAUUUGAUCGAAUGUUCAGUAAAUAAAAGCCGGAAAGAGAUGGAUGACGUAAGCUGCCGGAAUAUCGAUUAUGGAAAUGAGUAGCACCAUGUCCACCAGUAAUCUGCCACCCCUGCGAAACCUGCCCAGCUGGACCAGGGUUCGAGAUCUGGACCGGGUGAGAUACCCCAGACUUCUGUCCUGUGACUGUAUGGUCAGAUCUCCACCUGUGGACAUCAAGAGCCCAAAAGCAGCUGCCCAGCCCAGGACAGAUGCACACAGCACACGCAUCGCAUCUCUGGAGAAGGAUAUUCUGUUCCUCCAACAACAGCACAAAGACACGCUGGAGAGACUGCAUGCAGAAAUUGAAGAUCUGAAGCGUGUUAAUAAAGAAUUACAGUAUCAGCUGAUUAUGGAACAUGAAAAUUCUCCAAAAGUUAUAGUUGACUCUAAUAACCCUGGUGUGAUGCACACAGAGUCCAUAUGGUCCAGCAGUAACUCCUCAAAAUCCAGCAGCAUUCCCAGUGUGGAUUCCCAGAAUUCCCAGUGUGGAUUCAUCAGCUCAGAGGAGGCAUCCAAGGCGGGAGGAGGAGGCGCAGUCACAUCUCUGCUGCCUCUCAGGAUCACCUGCAGCCCGUCCCAGCAGCCCCGCACCCCGACGCUGAAGGAGUGCGAGCUCAUCAUCCGGCAGCUGUAUCACACCAACACUGCGCAGUAUCAGGAGCUGCUGCGGAUCAAGACGGUCCUCAGAGAAAUCACCUCCAAAAACAGAUCGGCCGCUGAAGUUUUCUCUCUCGCAAGAGCAUCGCUCUGUGACAACAGCAGGGGUGAGGUUUACGAGCAUUUUCCACAACUACCUCUCAAACCACUGCCAAAGAAACAGAUCCCGAGUCACGCCGGUAAAGGAGAAACCGUGUUUCUCCCAGCCAUCAAACGCAAUCUCAGCAGCACCAUGUCAGAGCGACAGAGGAGAGCGCAGGACGUGCACAGACUGCGUCUCAGGAGAGCUGUGAACUCUUAACCCUCCUCUGCAGUGAAGGUUACGCUGCUCCACUUCUGUCAUUGUGCCAUCACGUCUGCUGAUUAGAAGGUCUUACGGUUCGAGUCUUUUUUUACUCUAUGAAAAGGCUUAAACACCUCAGUCAGUCUCUUUAUAAGCUGAAGGAAGGUCAAAAAUAUGUAUUUUUUCUUCAAAAGAGAGAGACGUGAGGAAUGAGUGAAUGGCUGUUGAUCACGUAUGAAUCCCUAAUGAACUAAAUAAGAAUCUUUCCAGAGAAGCAGCCAAAUGUCAAAGAUGAGACGAGAGCUAAGCUGCACGUCCUCCAUAAACUCUGACAGACACAACAUAUACAGGAUAACUCUCAAUCAAAGAUUUGAUGACGUGAAUUUCCCUGAAGGGUUCAAAAGGUGUUCGUUUGACAGAGCAGUUUAAAUUCUCAUUACUGUUAAUACUGUAAUUCUCUUUAAAUAAAUGCAUCAGCA